UGCAAACUGUCAUUCUCGUAAUAUCAAGCAAUUAGGUUAUGUUUUAAAUAAUAUAUCUUAUUUGUGUUUCAAGCUAUGAAUUCUUCUAUUAUAAAAUUGGUGCAAAAUGCAUCGUGUAUAGCCCCAAAGUCGCCAAUAUUAGCUUCACAGUUCCACACUUCAUCGGCAUUAUGUCGCGUUGUAUCAGGAAAAUACAGAAUAACAAAGAAACGAGACAGACCCCUUACUUAUGAGAUGGCAAACCCACCUCAUUAUAUAGCUCACAGAAAGACAUGGAAUUCUUGGAAUACCUCUAACUUGAAGGAUGGUAUGCGUCGAUCAGAAACAGCAUUGGAGGAUGAUUUCAUCAGAAGGUUUAUGAAUGGCACUUGGCAUGGACUCGUUUGUAGUGAAAUAAUCAUUAAACGGCAAUUCAACCAUAUACGCGUGGCGGCUAUUAUAAGAAGAGCUGUGUCACCAACCAAAAUGUACUUCCUGUUAGGUUACUCAGAAGAGCUCAUGGCUAAUUGGUUGCAAUGCCCUGUUACCUUAGAAAUACAGACAGUGGAGAGCUUUAAGGAUGUUGUCUUUAAAUAUAUAUAAAUAAGAUAUUUUAUAAAUAGAUUUUAGAUUUAGUAGC